AUGGCAGAAAGCCCAGAUAAAGCACUCGAACCAAGCUCUAAAGAAACUGAAGAGCAUAAAAACGAAGAAAAAAAGACAGAAAAUGCUCCUCAGGCACAAGAAAAAGACCUUGAAAGUGUUGGAGAGCUUGUCUGGGGUGAUAUUCCAGAUAUGCCAGGAAUUGAAAAUGCAUUCGACUCACUUGUACUGGAGCUUAGAGAGGAAAUUGAAAAAUUGAAUGAGAAUUUAUUUGGAGAUGAAGGAAGUGAGGAAGCUAUAGGCGAGUAUAUGGUUGAAACAAGAGAUAAGCUGAGAGAAUACAUUGAUCAGAAAAGAAAUGAACUUUCCAGUGAAGAUUUAGAGUCUUAUUCUAGCCAGCUAGACUUGUAUUCACGCAUAUGCGAGGAUAUAGAUAAUAGAAGACAUAAAGAAGCUAUGAAAUUGAUUGACAAACUGUCUGAAUAUGGAGAGCUGCCAGAUGAGCUGAAAUCGACUAAAGAAGAAUGCGUGAUUAUGUAA